CCGCACAUGCGGUACCGCACCGUGCUACCACAAUUUUGUGGCCACCAGCUCGCUCUCGUGCCUCCCUUCCUCAUUCUCUGUCUGCCCGCACAGUCGUCGCCAUCGAAACCUCCGAUGGACACGUCCCCGAGUUUGACACACCAAACAUCGCCACGCGCACUCGAUGCACUCGUAGGACCGACAGCGCAAAGAAACAAGCAUGUGAGGAGAUGGAGCACUUGGUGUAGGCCGUGGUGAAUAAGUCGCACGGCUAAGCAGGCGUCUACUUUACGCGUCUUGCGGGCCCGCGGUAUUAUGUGUACCGCCAUUUUGCGACGCCGCGUCGCGUAUAUGCACUAUGCUAUCUAUUUCGCACACAGCACGAUGUCGAUGUAACUAAUUGCAUCGAAGGAAAAUCGUCAUCGCUAGUUAUCUUUCAGCGCAAAGACGUCGACCACGGCCGUAGGUAUACUGUAGAGAUACGACACUAGCUUCGUCACGUGCAGCACGUGACAAAGUCACGCUUAGUGUCACAGCUUCGAAUUACCCUGUCACCUGUGACCACAUAAAAAAUAGCUUCGGAAAUUGUGAUUUUGUCAAGGC